UUUACACAGAAAAUUGAUUUUUUUUUAAUCAAACUUUUUCUCUUCUUCAAGGCUAACUACUUCUCUAAAUUUUCAAAACCUCCAGUGAUAUGCAAAUUAAUUGGAAGAAAAGUCUUUGAUGGAGCUGGUCGACCAACAUUAGAAGUGGAAAUAUUUUGCACGGUUAAAAACCAUGAGAAGAGCAUUUGUUCUAUCAUGGUCUCUUCUCACUCUGAAAUCCUUGAAAAUGCUUCCCCUGAAGCAAUUGAUGCUGAUGAGAAAGAAAUAAAUGAUUCUAUUAAUAGAGCCCUAGAAUGGGUAAAUGGAUCACUGAACGAAAUGCUCAGAGACUUGAAACCUACUGACCAGUGUAAAGUUGAUGAGCUACUUGGAGAAUACUUUGCAAAGAAGGUAGAAGAAGAAAAAGAAAGAAUGGAAAUUGAAAGGGAAGAACAAAAAGAAGCAAUUUCUGCACUUCCAUGUGUUCCCGCUGUUUCAACUGUAACACCAACUGGCAAAAAAAAGGGACCCAAAUUAGGGAAGAAGACUUCUGUUGCAGAGAAACCAAUUCCACCUGCGGAACCCAUUGAACCUGUGCUCUGUGGUAGCAUAGCCAUUGGGGGAUUAUCACUUGCUGUUGCUAAAACUGGUGCCAGCAUUAACAAAACACCUUUGUACUUACAUCUUGCAUUGAUGAAACACCAGGAUUUGCCUAAUAAAUUUAUUGUGCCACUGCCAAUGGUCACUCUGUUGAGCUGUGGAAAAUCAUCAUCUGGAAAACUGAACUUAAUGAAAGAAGUGAUGCUCAUCCCACCCACAGAGUUAACAGUUAAACAAGGCAUUGAAAGGCUUCUGGAUAUUCAGAAACAAAUGGUGAGGUUGCUGGAUCCUGUAGGUAAAGGGUCCAGCCCUCAGCUAACAGACAAUAAAAAAGGCAGUGCACGUAGUGCAGUGAAAAAAACUCCGCCACCUGCUUUAAAAAGAAUAUCCCACUUGGGGUGCUUAAUAACAGGGUGCGAUAGUCUAGAACAACCUCUGAUCUUAAUGCAAACAGCUUGCAAGAAUCUAGGUCUGGAACUAGGAAUAGAUGUACAUUUAGCAAUAAAUUGCGCUGCUCAUGAAUUGAUGGACUAUACCAAAGGCAAAUAUGAAAUAUUAACUGGAACAUACAAGAGUCCUGAUGAAAUGGUUGAUAUGUAUGUGGACCUAAUUAACAAAUAUCCUUCUAUUAUUGCACUAGUAGAUCCCCUGAGGAAAGAGGAUGGCCAGCAGUGGAGCAGUAUGUGUGAUACUCUUGGUUCCAAAUGUUAUUUGAUUGCAGAAGAUGCAUCCAAAAAUAUUUCUAAACUUCUAGAGGAUCAAAAUAUAAAUAUACCAAAAUGUAGUGGUCUGAUAAUAAAAUACACAAAUCAGACUAAGAUAUCUGACCUUACAGAACUUACCAGACUUCUCGAUGGUCAAAGACAUAUUGCCAUAUUAGGAACUUCAGCUGGAGAAUCUUCUGAUGAUAGUCUUGUGGAUCUGGCUGUUGGCCUGGGUGCCAGGUUUAUCAAGUUGGGAGGUCUUUCCCGUGGAGAGAGAGUGACCAAAUACAACCGCCUUCUUGCUAUAGAGGAAGAACUAGCCAAGAACGGAAUACUGUGUUCAGGAGAAAACCAUGAAUUUGUUGAUUUUGCUGAAGAAGCACAAACAGUGGAAGAACUUUUCAAUGCAUUCCCUCCCAUAGAGCAGGGCCCCUGGCCUUCACAGCACUCUCAGUCUGUGCUGGCCCAGGACCAGCACUCUGUUUCCUCACAUAGUAGUGCCCCACACCUCAACGAGGCUUCUAAAAUGGACCCAUAAGUGUUUCCUUACUGACAGUUUGGCACUACGAUAUCAUCAGGGGUUUAGUCCUGCAAGGUGCUGAGAGUCCUCAGUUCUCAUUAAAGUUUAUAGGAGUUGAGGGUGCUCAGCACCACUUAUGCUUAGAUCCUAUAUUUGGAAUUGUGAGGCUCUGACGAUGCCAUUAGUUUUGCGAGGAGGGAAUAAAUUCUUGUAUGGAACCAUACUAAAGUUUCCACUUGAGUACAAGGGAUGUCCCCUCAAGUGUAUACAAUAAGGCGAAAGCCCUAGUGAAUUCUCAUGGUGGAUGAAUCAUCAGUUGCUUGAUUGCCAUUAAUUCUACCUUGUUACAGCUGCCUGCCAAUAAACUAUUUUUAAAUGCCUGAAAUUCAACGAUUACUUUGUUUUCAUUCAUACCCUAUCUUGGUCCUGGUUUUGUACCUGGGCAUUCGUCUCCAAUUUUGCUGUAUCUGUACCAUCUUG